AUGCUAUAUGCUAAAUAUGCCGUCACCGGUGAUGGGCGAAUGAAGUCUCUUUUUUGGGCUGAUGGGAUCAGUAGAUCUGACUAUUUUUGUUUCGGCGAUGUAGUUGCGUUCGACGCGACUUACAAGAAGAACAAAUACAACUACGCAUUGGUGAUAUUUUCAGGGCGCAACCACCACGCUCAAACAGUUAUUUAUGAAACGACAGAUACAUAUAAGUGGUUGUUGGAGUGUUUUUUAGAGUGCAUGAACAAUAAAUACCCAAAAGAAGUUGUAACAAACGGAGACAGGGUGAUGGGGGAAGCUAUAAAACAGGUGUUUCCGGAUGCGACACAUCGUUUAUGCGCCUGGAAUUUGAAUAAGAAUGCAGGUGAGAAUGUAAAGAACUCUGGAUUUUUGCAAGGUUUUCAAAAAGCCAGGUACUCUAAUUUUACAAAGGAUGAGUUUGAAUAUUUUUGGUCAGAACUAAUUAAAGAAAACGAACUUGAAGGAAAUCCUUGGGUUGUAAAAACGUAUGAUAACAAGUCACUAUGGGCAACUGCAUAUCUACGUGAGAGACUUUUUGGACGUAUGAGAACUACGUCUCAAUGUGAAGCCGUCAAUGCAAUAAUCAAGAGUUAUGUCAGGAAGAGAGGCUGCAUUUUUGAAUUUAUGGACAAUUUUGGGCAGGCUUUGAGAUCUUAUAGAAACAAUGAACUAGUUGCCGAUUUUAAAUCAAAGUUUUCAGAACCUGUAAUGACUUCUCACCUGCAUGAGAUUGAGAGGCAUGCCGUGCAGAUUUAUACCGCGAAGAUUUUCAAAGAAGUCAAAGAUGAAAUAAUGAAGGCUGGAUCAUUGAUUGUUAAGGCAAAAUUAGAGAGCGGCGAUCUUAAGAUUUAUAAACUUACAAAAUAUCGUCGUGACAACUAUGAAGUACAUGUUUAUUAUGAUGGUCGCACACUUCAAUGUGAGUGUAAGUUAUGGGAUUCUCGUGGGAUUCCAUGUUCUCAUAUGUUUUGUGUCAUGAAAGAAGACUACAUUGAUCGUAUUCCCGAAGCUUUGAAUUUUCCACGAUGGACGAAGGAUGCAAAAUAA